AAUCUUUCUGUUUAUUCAAACGCCGACCACGACAGCUUGUCCCACCUGCUGACCGUCCCCUCGACCGAGCUCUUCUCAGAGGGGUGCGCUGACGCGGGCGUCGGGGAGCCUGCCGCACUGCCGCAGUCGCCGUUGCUGACUCCCAGGACGAGCCACGCGGAGUCGCAGCUGACGAAGCACAAGGCGUUCGCGGAGCUCGAGAACUUCCAGCAGAUCGAGAGCCUGCUGACCAUCGCUCGCGGCAUCGAGAGCAUCAAGAGCUCCGAGUACAACUCGCUGGAGGACCUGAGCAUGUAUCUCGAGGAGCUCAACGCCGUCAUCUACACGAGGAAGGUCGACGCCCUCGUCGUGGAGACGUUCGGACCAAGGAUCGCCAAACUGCUACAGUAAGAUAUUUUCUUGCCAAAAAACCACCAGCUUUCGCUGAACUCGGCAUCUGGUAAUGGACAGGUCCGAUUUUUCUACUCCUUCACGUGUAGGGAAAACCUCUAUCUCGUCAACGGGGGCGACCUCUACUCCCUGCUCACGAACCUGGGCUGCCUCGAUGAGGACAUGGCAAGGACCUACAUCGCUGAACUUGUUCUUGCAUUGGAGUACCUGCAUUCCAUGAAUGUGAUCCACCGUGAUCUGAAGCCGGACAGCUUGUUGAUCUCUCGUGAUGGACAUAUAAAGUUGACCGAUUUUGGGCUAUCAAAAGUUGGUCUCAUCAACAGCACGGACGAUCUGUCCGGCCCAGAUGUGAGCAGCGUCCUCGUCGGCGACCAUCAGCCCAAAGAUGCAGAGCAGCGCGCGCUGAAGCGAGAGCAGAGGCAGAAGCAGACAGCCGUGGGCACUCCUGACUACUUGGCCCCCGAGAUACUGCUGGGCAUGACCCAUGGUCCAACUGCAGAUUGGUGGUCGGUUGGCAUCAUUCUCUUUGAGUUUCUUGUGGGAAUUCCUCCGUUCAACGCGGAGCAUCCGCAGAUAAUAUUUGGCAAUAUAAUGAAUAGAGAAAUACCUUGGCCACAUGUGCCGGAGGAACUAGGUUUUGAAGCAUAUGACUUGAUUCACAAGUUUCUUAUCGAAAAUCCGGUGCAGAGAUUAGGCGCGACCGGUGCUGGAGAGGUAAAGGCUCAUCCUUUCUUCAAAGACAUCAAUUGGGGCAUGCUUGCCAGACAAAAGGCUGCAUUCAUCCCUUCUACAGAUGAUGAAUACGACACAAGCUACUUCGCUUGCCGCCACGCCUGGGGAAGCGCCGAUGAGCAUGUCAAUGCCGCCUGCAAUGAGUACGACGAAAGGAGCGAGAGCAGCAGCAUGAGCUGCGGCAGCAGCUGUGACUACGAGGAAGAUGAGGGGAGGGUUUGAUUUAAUUUUCUGUGCGAAACAUUGUCAGGGUAUUCUUUCAGCAACUUCUCAUUCAAGAACAUCUCUCAGUUAGCGUCGAUGAACUACGAUCUGAUAACAAAACACAACGAGGAUCCUCUACAGUCUUCGAAAUCUUGAGAGCUUGCAUUGAGUAGAACUAAUACUAUGCUGUCUUCAGUUUUGUUAGGCAGGAACUCAACAUCCUCAGUGAGGAUCUGACCGAUGAUGCUGUGUAGCAAUGAACCUGCACAUUUCAUCUGGAACUUGUUGCCCAGUCAAUGAGCAGAUUUAGGAGCCAGGGUUUAUGGUCAAAUGCGUACCGUAUGAAAAGAAUUA